GCUCCUCCUACUGCUGCUCCUCCUCCUCGCUCCCAGCACCUCCCCGACCUCCCCCUCGGGCGCUCUCGCGCUAACUGCGCUCUUCGGGGCCCCUCUGCCCGCUUCCAGCCAUGGUGCUCUGGCGCUCGGCGUUCUUCAUCUGCCUCGCUUUCUCCUUGGCCACUCUGGUCCAGAGAGGAUCUGGGGACUCUGAUUUACGUCUGGAGGAUGCAUUUGAAGAAACUUCCUCAGUAAAGCAGAGAUGGGACCAUGGUACCACUACAACCAAGAGACCAGUAGCAACCAGAGCUCCAGCCAAGCCUGCAGAUAAUGAUUUUAACUUGGCUGAUGCCUUGGAUGAUCGAAAUGAUCGAGACGAUGGCCGCAAGAAACCAAGCGCAGGAACAGGAGGUUUUUCAGACAAGGAUCUUGAAGACAUAUUAGGUGGUGGGGAAUACAAACCUGACAAAGGUGAUGGUCGGUAUGGCAACAAUGACGACCCUGAGUCCGGAAUGUCGGCAGAGGCUGGCACAAUCGCUGGCGUGGCCAGCGCCCUGGCUAUGGCCCUGAUCGGCGCGGUCUCCAGCUACAUCUCGUAUCAGCAGAAGAAGUUCUGCUUCAGCAUCCAGCAUGCAGCAGAAGGUCAAGAGGGUCUAAAUGCAGACUACGUGAAGGGAGAGAACCUGGAAGCCGUUGUGAGCGAGGAACCCCAAGUGAAAUACCUGACGCUGCAAACGCAGUCUGCGGAGCUGCCGCCCUCCGACGCGCCCCGGAUCUGAGGGCCCCGCUCCGCGGCGGGCGCACACGGUGCCACCGCUUGCGACCGGCUCCUUGUUUCCUUUGGACCCCCAGCUGCCGUACUGCUUCGCUGUCGUCAUUGGCUUCUCGUCUUUAAGUUUUCCAGAAGAGCUGUGGGUGUGUGUGAGUUUGGCUUCCGUGCCGGCCCCGCCACAGGGGCCCUGAAGCCGCUCGGUGUGGAAUCCGAGAGCCGGCUCUGGCGGAGAGCCAGCACCUGCCUCGGAGUUGCCGGGCCGCCACUCCCCAGGGCCAGCCUGUGCCCGGGCCUGAAGGAGCUGGGGGCUGGGGAGACUGAGAUGACAGAGGGCGGGAGGACCUUUUUGCUCAGGGGAUGAGACUCUGAACCCAGGGUCGUGUGAUCCCCCACACGCUGUGUUGACUCAGCGUGGCCCUGGCAGUGGCCUCCAAGUGCUAUGCGUAGGGAUCCAGCAAGAACCUGGUUUGCUUGGAGCAAACCAGCAAGCUUCAGGUAACCACACACACACACACACACACACACACACACACACACACCACCCAGUGGGGAUCAGGGGGUCCGGGAGCAGUGCGGGGCGGGAGGCAACUUUCAGCCCUUCUUUCCGGUCCCAACGUUUACACUGCUGGGCUCCCAGACAGCUGCUCCAAGUGGUGGCCUUUCAUUUCUUGAAGGGCAAACAUGCAUGUUUGGAUAGUCCUACCCUGAGAGUUUAGGAACCUUCUGGACAAGUAGGAAGCUGUGACUCUCAGGUCUAAUUCUUGGUGCGGUCUCCCGGCUGAUGUGAUUAGUUUUUAGGAAUCGUUGAUGCAUUGAAAUGAGUGCUCCCCUUCCACUCUGUAUUCUUGUUUUAGCCGCAAAAGCUACAGACAUCAAGGACGAGCAGCGAAGCCGGAA